ACUUCCGCCCGCCGCCGAGAUGGCGGCGGCGCCGUAACCUGGAAGCGGUCGUUCGCCCCGCGCUCCUGCGGUCCCGCCCCCGUGGUGCGGCGGGAGGUCUGUGGGUGGGGAGUCCCGUGACGGCUCGAAAUACUAAUACAGAGCAUCUGACCUUCAGAUAUCUACAAGUGAAUCUCCUGAUACCAGGAUUAGGAAAGAGUGCCUUCAGAACCAAUAUGUAGCAAAUGGGUAUCACACCUCCAGAGCUCCUCCCUUGGUUCAAUGCUUGCAUGUUUUAAGGUUUGUGAGCUUCAGAAACAGAUUUCAUGUGGUGCUUGCUAAACAUUGAGUCACCAUGAGUAGUAAUCUAGGAAAAGAAAAGGACUGUAAAGAGAAGGAUCCCAAAGUGCCAUCGUCAAAAGAAAGGGAGAAGGAGGCCAAAGCCUCUGGAGGAUUCGGGAAGGAAAGCAAAGAAAAGGAGCCUAAGACCAAAGGGAAAGAUGCCAAAGACGGAAAGAAGGACUCCAGUAGCACGCAGCCUGGGGUAGCUUUUUCAGUGGACAAUACAAUAAAAAGACCUAAUCCAGCCACAGGUACCCGCAAAAAAUCCAGCAACGCUGAAGUGAUCAAAGAGCUAAACAAAUGCCGGGAAGAGAAUUCUAUGCGCUUGGACUUGUCCAAGAGGUCUAUACACAUGCUUCCAUCAGCUAUCAAAGAGCUAACGCAGUUAACAGAACUUUAUUUAUACAGUAACAAACUGCAGUCCCUCCCAGCAGAGGUGGGGUGUCUUGUGAACCUGAUGACACUGGCCUUGAGUGAGAACUCACUCACCAGUUUGCCUGACUCUCUUGAUAACUUGAAGAAACUGCGCAUGCUUGACCUGCGGCACAACAAACUUCGAGAAAUCCCCUCGGUGGUGUACAGGCUCAGCUCGCUCGCCACCCUUUACCUACGCUUCAAUCGUAUAACUACUGUGGAAAAGGAUAUCAAAAACUUGUCAAAACUCACCAUGCUUAGCAUAAGAGAGAACAAAAUCAAGCAACUACCUGCUGAGAUUGGUGAGUUGUGUAACCUCAUAACGCUGGAUGUAGCGCACAAUCAGCUUGAACAUCUUCCAGAAGAGAUUGGAAGCUGCAUGCAAAUCACCAACCUUGACUUGCAGCACAAUGAGCUGUUGGACCUGCCAGAAACCAUAGGAAAUCUGUCCAGUCUAAGUCGUCUUGGCCUGAGGUACAAUAGGCUGUCAGCAAUUCCCAAGUCCUUAGCAAAAUGCAGUGAACUUGAUGAACUGAACCUGGAGAACAACAACAUUUCUACUUUGCCAGAGGGUCUUUUAUCCAGCCUUGUCAAACUGACUAGUUUAACACUGGCCAGGAACUGCUUCCAGUCCUAUCCCGUGGGUGGCCCGUCCCAGUUCUCCACAAUCUACUCUCUCAAUAUGGAGCACAACCGCAUCAAUAAAAUCCCCUUUGGAAUUUUCUCUAGAGCUAAAGUAUUAAGUAAGCUGAACAUGAAGGACAAUCAGCUGACCUCUCUCCCCUUGGACUUUGGGACUUGGACUAGUAUGGUAGAACUGAACUUAGCAACUAACCAGCUCACAAAAAUCCCUGAGGAUGUAUCUGGGCUUGUUUCUCUUGAGGUUCUUAUCUUGUCAAACAAUCUACUAAAGAAACUUCCCCAUGGAAUUGGAAAUCUACGGAAACUCCGAGAGCUAGAUCUAGAGGAAAACAAACUGGAAUCCUUGCCAAAUGAAAUAGCUUACCUCAAGGACCUGCAGAAAUUGGUUCUGACUAAUAAUCAGAUGACCACCCUUCCCAGAGGUAUUGGUCACCUUACCAAUCUGACACACCUUGGGCUUGGAGAGAAUCUUCUCACCCACCUUCCUGAGGAAAUUGGUACACUGGAGAAUCUGGAAGAACUGUAUUUGAAUGACAACCCCAAUCUGCACAGCCUUCCCUUUGAGCUGGCUCUUUGCAGCAAACUGUCAAUAAUGAGCAUUGAGAACUGCCCGCUCAGCCACCUCCCACCUCAGAUUGUUGCAGGAGGACCCUCCUUCAUCAUUCAGUUCCUAAAAAUGCAGGGGCCAUAUCGUGCCAUGGUCUGAUGCUAAUCGGAUUGUCCAAUACACUGUACAAAAUACAAACUGCAUUAAUGUUGUAAUUGUCUGUGUAUGUAUAUAUAAUAUAAUAUAUGUGACUUAUAUUAUAUUAUAUAUAUAUAAAUAUAAAUAAUAUAAAAAGGCAAAUUUAAGACUGCAUUGUGUUUCUGCUAAUAGAGGAAUCAUAGCCAUUUAGAUUUUUUUUAUUCUGUAAAAAUGCUUGUCUAAGUUUUCUUUGCUGAAUUUGAUGGAAGUUGUCUGAAUAAUCUGGUAAUACCAGUUCAUUUAAAGCAAUUGCCAAUGAACACAAAGUUUAAAUUUAAGGGACAAAAAAUAGUUUUGCUUAGACUUACUUUCAGUUAAGAGAAAUGUAUAACCUUUAUAUAAUGAACUUUUCUGUUUUCCUCCCUCCAUUUUUUUUUUCCCAAAACCUGAAAGGGUCAUGUGUCCUGAGGUUGGGAUUUUCUUUUAACUUAUUUGAGAUUUGAAGCAAAUGGUGUUUUUAUAUUGUUUACAGUCAGAGUAAAUCACUGGAUUUUGUUUUAUUCUGAUUUGCUCUGUUUUAAUCAAUCAUAUCUAGAAUUUAUAUGCCUCUGCUGAUGAAUUUUUAUCAACUGGUUUGUAUACUAAAAACAUACUCAUCAGAACAACUGGCAGGUGAAAAGGAUGCAGUUAAAACAAAAGAAAAGAAAAAAUCUUGAAUACCUUAAGUCUUGCUUCCCUGAGUUAUCAGUUGCAGGCAUAACAUAUCUGAACUGAGCCUUUUGCAGUUGGUCUUUUCUAGCACAAGUAAAUCUUUUCAGAUUGGUAAAAAAUGUUCUGUAUACUCAGUGAAGAGCGGUUUUCAUUUUGUGAAGUACCAAUUCCAUGGGAUCUAACAGUACAGUUAAGUGGCAAGGAAAUAAUAUAUAUGUACAUUUUUAUUACAAUGUUGAGUCAUAAACUACAACAGGCAAUUUUAAGGAUUCCUUAUAGUCCUUGUACAAUAAAUGAAUGUGUCUUACUUUUAAA